UCCCAAUUCAACCAGCAAGUCAUCGACCUGACUCUCGCCUGCCUACAAUUCAAUACAAACUCUCUCCUUCUCCGCCGAGGAGCAGAAGGGGAGAUUCCGGCGGCGUUCAUUGCAGAAUUUGUUGUCUCCGGCUCUCUGGUUUGCUCUGAUUUGCUUUUAUUUGAGCUUGAUUCUGUCGAUCUGCUUCCGCCACGAUUUCGGUGUGGUUGUGGAUUAUUUAUGCCGAAUGUGCUAUGCUGACGGGGAGUAAUGCAGAUAGAUAUUGGACUCCUCGGCGUUAAAGAUUGUUGUACGAAAGCAUUCAAGGGAAUGGAUUUCUAGGCUAAAUAUUAAUUUACUUUUAAUGGAUAACAAUCAUUUGACAAUCAAGACCUUUAUGGCCAUCACGGCUGAGAGGGAUGCCGCCAUCCGAGAAAGGAAUAUGGCACUUGAAGAGAGAAAGAGGGCUUUUGCCGAGCGAGAUAUGGCAAUGUUGCAGAGAGACGCUGCGAUUGCCGAGCGUAAUGCUGCGAUAAAAGACCGAGAUGAGGCAAUUGCUUCCCUCAGAUACAGAGAGAGCUCGAUGAAUGACAACAGCACCACCCCCGACUCACUCGGAAAUGAACUCUUAAGCGGAGAUCGACACUUCCAGUACCAGCAGCAAAUCCAUAUGUCGGAACCAGCAUGUAGUCCAAGGGAAAGUUUCAGAGACACCAGCGGCGUCCGUAUAGCCGAGCAAUCCGAAACUCCCAAGCCCAGGAAAGAACGACAACUGAAAGACGGAAAGGUCACAAAGUCAGCCAGGUCUCAGAGCGCCGGGAAAAGAACAUCCGAAGGACUCAACAAGGCGAAUCCUGCAGCGCCGACUGGUUUUAAUCCAGAGCAGAAUGUGGAUAGUGACGAAGACGACAUAGCCAAAAAGGUAUCAUGGAAGGAUAAUCUGGGGUUGAACCAAAUUAACUUCGACGAGUCGUCGAUGCCGGUACCGAUCUGCACGUGCACGGGCUCACCCCAGCCGUGCUACCGAUGGGGAAACGGUGGGUGGCAGUCGGCGUGCUGUACAACGACGAUAUCGAUGUACCCGCUGCCUCAGAUGGCGAACAAACGCUACACUAGAGUUGGUGGCCGGAAAAUGAGCGGCGGCGCUUUCAGCAAGCUGCUUAAUCGACUUGCUGCCGAGGGGUAUGAUUUCUCGACCCCGCUUGAUCUCAAGAACCAUUGGGCUAAGCACGGGACGAACCGAUACAGCACGCUGAAAUAGCUGGGAAGAGUUAUAAGUUAUAUUGUGGUUUGGAUAUUUCUGGGCCAUUAGGUGUCUUGUUCUUAAUUCGCCCUGGUUGGGUGGUUGUUGUUGUCGCCGCCGCCGUCGUCUGUCGUCGUCGCUUUCCGAACGUUGUUAUGUGUGUAUGUAUGUAUGUAUGUGUUGCUGUAUUUCUGGGGAACGGCUGUGUUUUGGGAGUCUUGGACAUCUCUAAUUUCUAGUGAUUUUAGAACAGGAAAGAAAUUGAUGUUUAUAUAAGAUUUAACGUUGAUAUUGCUAGGGGUGUGCAAAAUGACGGAUUUUCGAUUUAUCCAUGGAAAAAAUUCCGAAAAAAUCGAAUUCAAAUAUUAGUUACCAAUUUCGUUUA